AAUACACCCACCUGGAUAGAACGCCGUUGCAUUCACUGAGGGAGGACGUGUUUUCUUGGUGGAACUUUUCGGAAUUUUGGUGUGAAUUGAGACCAAUCAAUGACAGAUUUGGCAAAAGAAGCCCAGAAAUUAAGCAUGAGUAAAGAGAUUUAUACAUCUGAGAAAUAUGGGGAUGACCGUUCUGGAACUGGUACACAAGAUAAACCGUUCAAAACCGUACUUCAGGCUUUAAGACAUGGUGGUAAAGAUGCUACGAUUUAUGUUGAUCGUAAAGAAGAAAAUCUGAGAUAUGAUUUGGUUACUAAAUCUCAACUAAAAAAAAUCCUUAAACUCUUUGAGAAAGAAGGUCAUUAUGCUGGAGGGAAAGAGUCUGAAGAUGUGGAAAGAAGAGAGAAAAAUUUAGAAGAAGCUAGAAGUAUUGUUGUUGUGAUGGACAAAAGUUUACCAAAACCUAAACAGAUCAAAAUCCGAGAGACGGUGCCAAACCGUUACAUUAGAGUGAAGAUAUUUGGUUGGGUACACAGAUUAAGACGACAAGGUAAAAGUUUAAUGUUUGUCAUAUUAAGAGAUGGUACAGGAUUUGUCCAAUGUGUUAUGUCAGAUACUCUAUGUCAGACAUACAAUGCUCUUACAUUAGCAACGGAAGCCACAAUAUGUGUUUAUGGUAUUAUUAAAAAAUUACCAGAGGGAAAAUCUGCUCCAGAUGAUCAUGAAUUAUCAGUUGAUUUUUGGGAAUUGGUGGGUCCAUCACCUGCAGGUGGUGCUGACAACCUUCUUAAUGAGGAUGCAAAUGUUGAUGUUCAACUUGACAACAGGCACAUCAUGAUUCGAGGAGAAAAUACCUCUAAAAUUCUUAAAAUGAGAUCUGUGUUAAUGCAGUGUUUUAGAGAACAUUAUUUAAGUAGAGGAUAUUUUGAAGUCACACCUCCUACUAUGGUUCAAACUCAAGUAGAAGGGGGAUCUACAUUAUUUAAAUUUGACUAUUUUGGAGAAACUGCUUUUUUAACACAGAGUUCACAAUUAUAUCUAGAAACAUGUUUACCAUCGAUGGGAGAUGUGUUCUGUAUAGCCCAGUCUUAUAGGGCAGAAAAAUCUCGUACAAGACGACAUUUAGCGGAAUAUUCUCAUGUUGAAGCCGAAUGUCCUUUCCUCAACUUUGAUCAAUUAUUGGAAAGACUGGAAGAUCUUGUAUGUGAUGUUGUAGACCGUGUCCUCAAGUCUCCUUUUGCUCAUAUUGUAAAAGAUCUUCAUCCUGAGUUCAAAGCACCAAAACGACCUUUUAAAAGAAUGAACUAUACAGAUGCUAUUGAAUACCUGAAAGCAAAUGAUAUACGCAAGGAAGAUGGAACAUUCUAUGAAUUUGGUGAGGAUAUACCAGAAGCACCAGAAAGGAAGAUGACGGACAAAAUUAAUGAACCAAUAUUUUUAUGUAGAUUCCCUGCUGAAAUUAAAUCUUUCUAUAUGAUGAGAUGUACUGAAGACCCAAGACUAACAGAAUCAGUUGAUUUAUUGAUGCCUAAUGUUGGUGAGAUUAUUGGAGGUUCUAUGAGAAUCUGGCAAUUACAGGAACUAGAAGAAGGUUUUAAGAGAGAAGGAAUAGAUCCCACUCCAUAUUAUUGGUACAUUGACCAGAGAAGGUAUGGUACUUGUCCACAUGGGGGUUAUGGAUUAGGUCUGGAGAGAUUUUUAUGUUGGUUUCUUAACAGAUAUCAUAUCAGAGAAGUUUGUCUUUAUCCUCGGUUCUUAGAAAGAUGUCGUCCUUAAUGUGACUACUUUUAUCAUUUAUUAAAAUUUUUUGAAAUUAUUACAUAUCUUGCUUACAAAAUCAUGUUAUGGAGCCGAGCUCAAAAUAAAAUCUAAUUAUUUAAUAUACCGCUGUAUUCAAAUUUUAAUAUAUAUGAAAUUUUGAAAUCUUUGAGAAAGAGAUACUCUUUGAAGUAGUUGUCAAUUAUGUGAGGUGUAUUAUAAAAUCAUAUUUAUUGUUACUGUUCUUGUGACAUUAUUGAGGUCAAUAUUAUUGUUAUGAAGAUCUUUUUUUUUGUAAAUGUUUUAUUGGUAAUGUUCAAUCACGAAAUAUGCAUAUCAUUUAUUUGUUACAACUCUAUCUUAAAAAUAUGCUGCAAAUAAUGGAUAUCAAAAGUUUUAGAUUCUUUCUUUUGACCAAUUCAUAAUAUUUUUGGGAUUUAUUGUGUUCUGUACAAUAUGAUAAUAAAUGCCUAUUAUUGCUAUUCAAAACAUAUAUAUUUUAUGAUUAGGAUACUGAGUCUUAGUUUUGUUUGAAUGAAACACUUUCUAUUUAUUUAGUACUAAUGAGAAACGAAUAUUAGAACGAUUUUAUAUAAGUUUUUGUACGCCCACAUUUUCAUAUGGACGUAUAUUGUCGUCGCCCCUGUCUGUCCGGACGUCGGUCCGCGAUUGUUUGUGGACACUCUACAGGUCACAAUUUUUAUCUGAUUUCAACGAAACUUGAAAUAUAGGUUUAUCUCCCUAAAAUCUCGGUUCCUUUCGAUAUUGGCAUGUAUUGGACCGUAACUUCAUGGAUUAUGGCCCCUGGUUGUACAAAAAAUCGUGUUUUUAGCUUGUGGACCCUAUAGAGGUCACAAUUUUGUUGAAAUUUGAAAUGUAAGUUUAUAACCCAAAGAUCUCGGUUCCUUUCGAUAUUCGUGCAUAUCGGACCGUAACUUCCUGAAUUAUGGCCCCUGAUUGUAUGAAAAAUCAUGUUUUUAGCUUGUGGUCCCUCUAGAGGUCACAAUUUUUUUUUCCGAUUUAAAAACCGUUUAAAUAUUUCACCAUUCCACCAUAAUGAAGGUUGAAUUCGAAUUUCGGGAAAAUCGAAAUUAAACUGCCCGACAAAAUGGCUGCUCUUUGUACGCAAAUUGUGUAAAAGUAUGCAAUACGUGAUUGUGGACCCUCUAGAGGUCACAAUUUUUGUCCGAUUCUGAUGAAACUUAAAACGUAUCUUUAUAUCCCAAAGAUCUCAUUCCCUUUUGAUAUUUGCGCAUUUCAGACCAUAACUGUCUGGAUUAUUGCCCCUGAUUGUACAAAAAUUUACGUUUGUUUUUAGCUUGUUCCCUAUCCAUCUCUUGCAAAAUGUGGGCGUAUCCUGCCUGGCAGCCGCUGAUUGUUUUAAAGUUUUGAUCAUAAACACACAGAAAAAGAUUGAUAGAUUAGAAAAGGAUGGUUGGUUAUCAAUAAUUAUAUAGUUUUUAUUUUAUGUAAUCAAAUGCUAGCUUUAAAAUGUGCAAUGCCUUUAAUAAUUUCUAUUUAUACUGCAAGCUUGCUUUAUGAGAAGGAUCUAUCUGUUGUGAUAGUUCAUUCAUCAUUAUUAUAUUGUCGUCGCCCAUUCUGUCAGUUUGUCGUCCACACUUUCUUGUGAACACUCUAUAAAAACUACAUUUAUCAUCUGAUUGUUUUGAAAUUGAUAUAUGUUGUUUACAUAAGUGAGAUAAAGAAGCUUUUUUAAUUUCAAUAAUUUCUGUUAAUUUCUUCUGGAGUUAUGGCCCUUGUGUCACUUAUUGCACCUUGUGGACGACAAAAAUUAUCCUGAUCUUUAUAAAAUUUAAAUGCAUCUUUUUAAUUAGUGAAACUAAGAAGCCUAUUGAAUUUCAGCAAUUUCCGGUAAUUAUGUUUGUUGUUUAUUACAAAUUUAACGUCCAAUACAUAUGAUAUUAUGGACAGGUUGAUUUAAUUAAAUUAUUUACAUCUGAAGGAGUAAUAUACAGAUAAUGGGUAAAAUCACUAAAAAUAAAAAAAAGUUCUUGUAUAUUAUAAAGUCACUUUAAAACACAGGGCGGGUCAUCUUCUCACUUUGUCGAUGCCAUUGAUACGGAUUGAAAAAUCUCUGUGGGAAAAAGAAUCCGUUGGUUAAAUGUGGAAAAGCGAAUUUCUCGCAGUAAAAACCACAUAGCUGGACCCGUGGAGUAUUUACAUAUAAAAAUGUUCGUGCAGUUCUCUACAUAUAAUUCAAAAGUUAGUUAAAAGUCCCUUGACACAGAUCUCAACUUCGGUGUUUAAAAUCAUUUAUUGUCCAUUAAAAAAAUUUAUUUGUGUGUGACUCUUCCCAGAUAAAAAUUACCUGGAAAGGGAAAGAAGAUGUCUAGAGUUAUGGCCCUUUAUUUCACUUUGUCAAACCCUCUGAUCCAAUCUGUAUUAAAUUCAUAUGCAUUAUUUAAAUUAGUAAAACAAAGAAGCCGAUUGAAUAGCAGCAAUUUCCGUUUAUUAGUUCUAGAGUUAUGGCCCUUGUUUCACUUUGGUGAACUUUCAAACACCAAAACUUAUCAGUUGAUCUGUCUGAAAUUUAUAUGCAUCAUUUUAAUUAGUGAAACGAAGAAGCCUAUUGAAUUUCAGCCAUUUCCGUUAAUUAUUUCUAGAGUUAUGGCCCUUGUUUCACUUUGUUGAAUCUUGUGAACACUCUCACAAUAAAAGUUAUCAUCGCAGAUCUGUAUGAAGUUUAUAUGCAUUAUUUAAAUUAGUAAAACGAAAGAUCCUGUCAAAUUUUAACAAUUUCUGUAAAUUACUUCAAGAGUUAAGGAGAGAAAAAUGGGGUUUAACGUCCACUUGACACAAACUAGGUCAUAUUGGGACUAACAUAUAUAGUCCAAUUUUAUUUCAAUAAUUCACAUGCACGUAGGGGUCUUUAGCAGUGGGAGGAAACCCAGAGAAAACCAACGAGGUUGGACAGGCGAUACUCAAUAACAGACCUUAUGAUCCAAGGCACAUGCGCUAACCAUUUGUCACCCCCACCCACAAAGUUUGAGGCCCUUGUUUCAGUUUGUAGAACCAUUUUAACUCUCAAACGAUGGAAAUUAUAAUCUGAUCUGUAUGAAAUGGUCUUGUAAAGGCCCCCAAUUACCUACAAAUGAAUAAAUAUGCAACAAUCCUUUUCGACUGCUCGGACGAUUUAGCUGCUGUGGGUUUAUGUUUCUUUGCCUGGCAACCUAUCUUUGGCUGAUUAAUAAAAUAUUCAUACAUAUAUAUCAUAUAUAUCAUGAAAAUUCACGUCUUCAAAUUGGAAUAAAAUCUUAAACUAUU